CCGGUCGGGCCGCGCCGCUGCUGCGGGGCCAUGAUCCGGAACGGGCAUGGGGCGGCGGGCGGUGCGGAGCCGCCGGGCCCGGGGGGCAGGCGCGCCGUGCGGGUGUGGUGCGACGGCUGCUAUGACAUGGUGCAUUACGGCCACUCAAACCAGCUGCGCCAGGCGCGGGCCAUGGGUGACUACCUCAUCGUGGGCGUGCACACCGACGAGGAGAUCUCCAAGCACAAGGGGCCCCCGGUGUUCACUCAGGAGGAGAGGUACAAGAUGGUGCGCGCCAUCAAGUGGGUGGACGAGGUGGUGCCGGCGGCUCCCUACGUUACCACGCUGGAGACCCUGGACAAGUACAGCUGCGACUUCUGUGUCCAUGGCAAUGACAUCACGCUGACCGUAGAUGGCCGGGACACCUACGAGGAAGUGAAGGCGGCCGGGAGGUACAGAGAGUGUAGGCGCACCCAGGGCGUGUCCACCACGGACCUUGUUGGCCGCAUGUUGCUGGUGACCAAGGCCCAUCAUAGUGGUCAGGAGAUAUCCUCUGAGUACCGGGAAUACGCGGACAGCUUUGGCAAGUGCCCCGGGGGACGGAACCCCUGGACGGGGGUGUCCCAGUUUCUGCAGACAUCUCAGAAGAUCAUCCAGUUUGCUUCUGGGAAGGAACCCCAGCCAGGGGAGACGGUCAUCUACGUGGCCGGCGCCUUUGACCUGUUCCACAUCGGCCACGUGGACUUCCUGGAGAAGGUGCAUGGCCUGGCAGAGAGGCCCUACGUCAUCGCCGGCCUGCACUUUGACCAGGAGGUCAACCACUACAAGGGGAAGAACUACCCCAUCAUGAACCUGCAUGAGCGGACGUUAAGCGUGCUGGCGUGCCGGUACGUGUCAGAGGUGGUGAUCGGGGCCCCCUACGCUGUCACGGCAGAGCUCCUGGACCACUUCAAGGUGGACCUGGUCUGUCACGGGAAGACGGAAAUCGUGCCUGACAAGGAUGGCUCAGAUCCCUACCAGGAGCCCAAGAGAAGGGGCAUCUUCUGUCAGAUUGACAGUGGCAGUGACCUUACCACAGACCUCAUUGUGCAGCGCAUCAUCAAGAACAGGCUGGAGUAUGAGGCCCGCAACCAGAAGAAAGAGGCCAAGGAGCUGGCCUUCCUGGAGUCCAGGAGGCGACAGGAGGCGCAGCCUGAGACGGAGCGACUGUGACCUGUGAGCGCAGGACGUCCCACGCCCGGCCCGCUCUGCUGCCCAGCCUGCAGGCCUCAGUUUCCACGGUUCUUAACUGCGGCGCUCCCCCUCGCCGCCCAGUUCCGAGGUUUCCAAGGGGCAGGCGCUGCCCCCACCCCCUGCCGGGUGGUCUUCCCACCCAGCACAGAGGGGUACCCAGCACAGCGGGGUGGCCCAGCACAGGAUGAGCACGGGGUCCCUUCGGCCUGGGGGCACCGCCCCGUGCGCCACAGAAGGCCUGGCUCCCACUCCUCCCCCAGCCCCUGCAGACCCAGGACGCCCAACUGCCCAGCACUUUCUGCCCUCCCAGCCUCCCUGGCAGCCAGCUUCAGGGGAGCAGAGACCUGGAGGGGACACCCAUUGGCCCUUCAGGUCACAGACCAUGCCUCCUUCGCGUGGGCACAUCUCCUGGGCCCUGGCCCGCUCCCCCCACUUCCUGGGCCUUGCUGGUCUCCCCACAGACUGUUCUCUCGACUUUGUCCAGUUGGCUGGCGUACAACCAAAUAAACCUGGUGGGAGGUGU